AUGGCAUCAGCGACUCCGCAUUCCGAGGUUGUGCCCGGCACCGUUCACCUCGUUGACCUUCGCGGCGCAGCAGCAGGAGAAGCUGGCAUCGUCGAGCUUGUCCCCAAGCCAAGUGCCGAUCCCGAAGAUCCGCUCAAUUGGAGCCGUCUGCGCAAGCACAAGGUGGUGGCAAUGGUUCUCAUCUAUACUCUUGGCAUAGGCAUACCCACGAGUCUGCAGUACUCUGUCCUGUCAGACAUCACAGAGGACACGGGCAUCUCCACGGCGGCUCUUGUCCAAGGAACAGGCCUCAUGUUCCUGUUCAUGGGAUGGGGCUGCCUCGUGACCCAGCCGAUUGCUCUGGUAUACGGCCGUCGUGGCAUGUAUCUCGUGUCUCUCCUGGCCAUUGUUCCUCUCAUGGUGUGGACGGCAUACUCUCGAUCUGCCGGGGAAUGGUACGCCCACCGCAUUCUCCUCGGCCUCUGCUCGUCGCCGAUUGAAGCACUGCCCGAAGUCAGCAUCCCGGACAUCUUCUUCGCGCACGAGAGAGGCACUUGGAUGAGUCUGUACGUCUUCACUCUAUUCGGGUCCAACUUCUUGGCGCCCAUCCUGGCGGGAUUCUUUGCCGAAGCGUACGGCUGGCGAUGGACUAUGCACUUUGGUGCCAUCAUCGCCGCGUUGGCGUUUGUUAUUCUCUUCUUCUUCAUGGAGGAGACCAUGUACUUUCGUGAAACGCUCGAAGGGCUCGAGGAUGUCGCCGACUCGGUGCACGACGUCAAAGACGAGAGCACUGACGAAGAGACCAACGCGUCCUCAUCAACCAGCCACAAGUCGGAAAGUUACAGCCCAAGACGGUACGGCCAAAAGCUCAAGCCGUUUUCGAGAAUGGAGGGACGCCCCUCCAAGAAGCAAAUGUUCCUGUCCAUGAUCUUGCCCCUGCCCAUCAUUUUCCAGUUCCCGAAUAUCGCCUGGGCUGGAUUCAUCUACGGGAUCAACCUCUCCUGGUACAACGUCCUGAAUGCUACGGCAAACCCGGUUCUCAGCGCAGCACCAUACAACUGGUCCACCAGCAGCGUGGGCCUCAUCUACGUCGGUCCCAUCAUCGGUGCCGCCUUCGGAGGCUUGUGGUCUGGAAUAAUCGCUGACCGGUUGACUCUGAAGUUGGCGCGCCGCACCAAGGGUGUGCGUGAGCCGGAGCAGAGGCUCUGGCCGCUUGCCCUUUCGGCUGUUCUUUCAUGUGCUGGUUUAAUCAUCUGGGGCGUCGGUGCUCAACACAAUGUGCACUGGGCUGGAUUGGCAAUCGGACUGGGUAUUCUGACCUUUGGUUGUGUAACUGGCGGUUCCAUCGCCCUUUCAUACAACGUUGACUGCUUCAAGGAUAUCAGUGGAGAGUCUACAACAUCUGUCAUAAUCAUCCGCAAUACCCUGGGCUUUGCUACCUCGUAUGGCAUUACUCCAUGGUACACCAACAUGGGUCUUCAAAACUGUUUCAUCAUGGCUGGAUUCUUAUCGCUGGGAUGUACUGGUUCGUUUCUGCUCAUGAUCUGGAAGGGCAAGUCUCUUCGCCGGCAUUGUGCAAAGAGGUAUUGGAAGUAUGUUGAAAAGUCUUCUCACUCUGCGAAAUAG